AUUGCCAUAUACUUUGUUUGGGUGUUUGCUUUGUUUAAAACUGCAAGAAAGUUUCUUGUUUCUCGCGCUUGUUUAUCAAAUUACUCGCUGAUCACAGUUGCCGUUGCAACGAAAGAUGCAUUUUUGUGCAUGGCUUUCUGCUUUAAAAUGAGUAGCCUACACGGACCUAUGCCCAAGUUGCUCAUGCGUGAUCAUACUCAAUGCGAAAAAAUAAAGACAUUUAAUUUUUUAAAGAGAAAAUUUUACGAGUGAAUUUUCUUCUUUUUUUUAUACUGCAUCGGAAAUUUUAAAAUUUGGCUAUCGUAUGAAAAGCUGAAUAAUGACGUGAUAAAUAUUUUCAUCGAAGAAGCUUUAUAAAGAAAUUUAGUUGGUUGUGUUUUUUUUUGGUUUUUAACUGAGAGAAAUAAUCUAUAGAUACUAGUUGAUAUCACUUUAUAAGGGAAACUCGUGUUAAAUGUAUGUCAUACCAAGAUUGACCUUGCCAGGAUAUGAAUAAGAAGUACCAAAUGUUUUUAUGGAUAUAUAUUUUCCUAGUUGUUUGGAAUAAAUACACGCUAUCGUUACCAGUUUCCCCUGUACCUCCGCUAUUAAACAAGCUUUUAAAAGAUCAAAAUGUUACACUCGGUUUUAUAUUGAAAGGGCUGCAAGGUCCUCCCGGAAGAGACGGUGCACCUGGAGAAUCCGGAUUACCCGGUCCACCUGGACCGCCCGGAUGGAAAGGCGAUCCUGGAUUUACGGGACCUCCUGGAGCUCCCGGUCUCUCAGGAAACCCUGGUGUUCCUGGUUAUCAAGGUAGUGAUGGUCUUCCAGGACCACCUGGUUUACCUGGUUCUCCCGGAUGGCCUGGCGGUAGUGGUAUGCCAGGAGCUGCUGGUCCUCCCGGACCUCCUGGUGCUCCUGGAGGCAGUGGACCUACACCAAUCAGAUAUAAUGGAACUGUGAAAUGUGAAGAGGAUACAGCUUGGUUAAGAUGUAACGAAUACAAACAUAUCUCUAUCAUGUCUGCGUUUUGGGGAAGAAGAAAUUUUGGGUUAUGCACAGAACACACAGGCAAUCUACUAUCGAAUAAAUAUUGUCCCACUACUCCACUUUUCCUGACUAAGGUAAAGGACGCAUGUGAAGGCACAACUAUGUGUGAAGUUCGUUGUACGAAGUUCUUCUUCCACGAUCAGAGCUGUUUGGAUGUUUAUAAAUACUUAGAAGUCUACUACAAAUGUAUUGAAGUCAUUAACGGUCAUGAAGUUGUUAAUGAGGACAAUCUCUUAAACGCUAAUUUCAUUGGUUAAAAACAAACAUUGCCAAUUUCUAUGGUUCAAAGAAAAUGCUUUGUUUUUAAAAGAACAGCGAAUUUUAUAAUCAAGAAUGCAUAAUUUAGCAACAACAACAACAAACAACAACAAACAACAACAACAACAACAACAACAACAACAAAAUUGAUGUCAACCAAUGGAAGAAAGAAAAAAUUAAGAGAUUUUUUAGAAAAAUCCUUUUUUUAUUUAUUAUUUGAAAUAUUGUCCUUUUACUAGAGAAGUUAUUAUUUCGAUCUUUUUAUCUGUAAAAGAUAAGUAUGUAGACUCAUUUUAUAACUCCAUAAAUUUUACGUUACAUUCACACACAAAAUUCAAGUAAAUAACUGUAUAUAAAACAAAAACGAAUGUGUUGUUCUCCACAAGCAACGGGCUAGUUGCUAAACUUUUACAUCCAAGAAUGUUUUUUUUUUAAAAAAAAAAUCAACAAAUAAGAAAUGUACAAAUAAAAAUAUAUGUUUAUUUUGUUUUGUUUAUGUUUCCGUUUUUGGUGAAAACUUUUUUAUGUAGCGUUCGUAGCACGUAGUUUUGUGGAGAUCAAUGCACCGUUUUUUAUGAAGAUCUUUAUUUUUCUUUUUUACGCAUGUAUUUUGGCAAAAAUGAAGAAAAUAUCCGUCGCAAAAA